CAAGUUUGGAUUGAUGACAUUGACUUUCACUGCUGAUAUUCUCUCUGAUUCAUUGAUGCUGGAUUUUGUAUGUUUAUGCUUUGUUCGAUAAAGUUUAAAAAAAAAGCUCUGUAAAACGAUUAUUAGUGAAAUAUUGGGCUGUAUUUGUGAAAUUGAAUUGAAUCCAUGUGGGCAGUUUUGUUUUUCUUAAUGUAAUAUAUGUGGGCAGAGUGGAGUAUCUGAAGUAAAACGUAAAGGCUCCCCACUGUCGUAAUCGUCGUAAUCAUCUGCUCUGGUCUUCUCCGCUUUACGGCAUUGUAGAUGGAAGCUAAGGCAAUUUGUUCUUCUGCUUCGUCGGACGGUUUGAGGAGUAUCUUUAGAGCCACACGGCGCGGAAAGCUGUUUCUGUGUGUUAUUGUUUCAUCGGACACUGUCGUGGUUAACGAUCUCACCGAAACCGGAAGGCGCGUGCCCCCAUUCCGAAGCGAUCAUUCUUAGCGCGUAAUCUCUCCGCGUGCAACAAGUGGCUCCGUGGCGCAAUGGAUAGCGCAUUGGACUUCUAGUUAAAUCUCUAGUGAAGUGAUUCAAAGGUUGUGGGUUCGAGUCCCACCGGAGUCGAAUUUUUUUGCUCCAUAGAUCAUUUUUUCAUUUUGUCUUUGUGGAAAAAUGGUUAAAAAUAAUUUCAAAAUUUUCUCUCAAUAAAUCAGCAAACCCAACAGCUGAUGUUCGGUUGUGAUCGAGCCUUUUGAAGCAGUUAGUAGCUGCAUUUUGAUGAUGCAAAGGUCGUGAGUUCGAGUCCGACCCGAGCUGAUUCAUUUUCUAGAGAACUUUUUUUCUGUUUUAAAGCUGUAGAAAAUGAUGACAAAAAACAUGUAUAUGUCCACUCAUCUAUUGAUUUUUUUAAAAAAAAUUUUUUAAUUUGUUGUAAUUUUUAGACAAAACCUGCUUUUCUGUUACUUCUGGAGUUUCUACCUUCAGCCAUGAAGGUUCAUGUUGAAUUAUUGUUUCUCGCCCCUCUAACCACGUCUGUCUGUACGCUGGUGUUUUUCCAGAGGAUGGUGGAGCUCAGGAAGGCGGUGGGGGGCGGCCGUGUCCGCUCCCCCCCAGCAGGCGGAGGCUGUGGCACACAGACGCCCACACAGAGGUCCCACACCCCCCCACGCCUCAGUCACAGCUCAGAUCAUCGUCAUGGAGGCUGUGAGGACGUUCCUGCUCUUCCUCCUGCAGCUGGCUUCUCCUCUGGCGGCGCCGGUGCCGUGCGAGGAGAGGGUGGUCCGGUUGGAGGCGGAGAUCCGGGGCCUGAUGAACGUCAUCAACGACCAGCACCGCUACAUCCUGGAGCUCCACAACACGCAGUCGCUGCAGCUGCAGCAGAUCCCCAACACACACCUGGGCCCCAAGAACCUGUACAGAGACUGCUCCGAGGUGUUCCAGGACGGGAACGUGGCCAGCGGGCUGUACGUGAUCCGGCCGGACGGGUCGCCCACGGCGCUGAGCGUCUUCUGCGACAUGAACAACGGCGGCGGAUGGACCGUCUUCCAGAGGCGGCGGGACGGCAAGGAGAGCUUCGACAGGGCGUGGGUGGAGUACAAGCACGGAUUCGGGGACGUCCACUCCCCUGAAGGAGAGUUCUGGCUCGGGAACGAGCCGCUGCACCAGCUGACCUCCCAAGGUGACUACGACCUGCAGAUUGACAUGGAGGACUUUAAGGGGAACCAUCGCCUUGCAAAGUACCGGAACUUCAGGGUGGAUGACGAGCAGGACCAGUACCAGCUCCACGUGGGCGAGUACACGGGGACCGGCGAGGACGCUCUGGCCGACGCCCUCAACCCCAACAGCCCGUGCUCCGGCGGCAUCAAGUUCAGCACCUUUGACCACCCCAACUACAUCAACGCCGGCGACGACAAAGGCCGCUGCAUCAGGCACAGCAAGUCCGGCUGGUGGUUCUGCCGGUGCGACUCAGGAAAUUUGAAUGGGCGGUACUACAAGGGGCCGUUCGAGGCGAUGACCGACGACGGCGUGACGUGGUACCUGUGGCACGGCUGGUCCUACGCCAUCAAGUCCGUGGUGAUGAUGCUCCGCGCCGCAGACCUGGAGAACCCGCCGCCCAUCAUCGCACGCUGGCCGGGGCAGUUCCACACCGCCGCAGUGACAGAAGGCACCAACCACGAUCCCUACAACCAAUAGGAGGCGCCCGCCCUCGGGGCCGCGCCUCCCCCGCCCGCCAUGAAGCUAAGACCCGAAAUAAAAAAGAGCUGCUUCAUCUGA